UCCCGUAUUCCAUCCUUCAAAAACACUUACCUUACCAAACAAGUAGAAAAUGGAGAAAACAAAAACACCACUCUUGUUGAUAAUUUCCUGCCUACUAACCGCCACGGCCACCGCAGCCCACUCCGAGAACAUCUGUCAGGGAAAGGAGAACCUUCUGAAGUUUAACGUGUACGUCCAAGACAUCCGCGGCGGCCCUAGCCCUACCGUCUACACGGUGGCCGAAGCUUCCAUCACCGCUAACUCCCCGACCAGCUUCGGCGUGAUCCACGUCGUCGAUAACCUGGUCACCGCGGGGCCGGACAUCAAUUCGGCGGCGGUCGGGCGGGCCCAGGGUCUGGCGACCUUCGCGGAUCUUCACACGGUGGCGGCCUCCGAGAACAUCAACUUCGUGUUCACGGCUGGGGAGUUCAACGGCAGCACGAUCAGCACGACUGGCCGGAAUCCCGUGACAAAUUUGGAGAGGGAGCUGACGGUGGUCGGAGGCACCGGUGCAUUCCGAUUUGCGCGGGGCUAUGCCAUCACAAGCACCUACUCGGACGAUACCGCCGCCGAUUCUAGUGUGUUGCAGUACACAUUUUACGUGGCACGCUACGCCGGUGCAUCACGCGACAGCGUGUAAUAUUAGACGGCGACUAUCCGGCGCUAACUCCGGCGGGUUGGCGACGGAUAUUCCGUUGUUGUUUUCUUCGAUUAGUUGUAGUCAUUUUAAUAUCUAGUGAGCUUUUGUAAUAAGCUGACUAAUUGCAACUUUUAUGGGUGUACGUUUUAUGAAAUAAUUACGCCUAUUUUGGGCGUAAGUGUAGUGAUGUUAUUGUGUUGUUAGUGAUUGGAAUGAAUGAAUCGGUUCGAUGUCGUUCA